AUGGCUAAGCUGUCCAGCGCAGAGCCGCAUCCCAAGACCAAUUCGGUCUUUCCUACGGUGCCUGCGCUCCAGCAAGAAGUACCAACAGUAUCUCCGAAGCAGAGCGGCGGACCCCCACCUUCUUCCUCUGGCUGUCCAGAGGACCCCGGCGGACCCCCCCCUUUUCGCCCCCAGCUUCCCGUAGGACCCCGGCGGCUCCCCGCCCCCCGCCUGCAGCUGUCCGGAGGACCCCAACGGACCCCCGCCUUCCGCCUCCAGCUUACCGGAGGACCCCGGCGGCCCCUCGCCCCACACCUCCGGCUGUCCCGAGGACCCCGGCGGACCCACGCCUUCCGCUUCCGGCUGUCCCGAGGACCCCGGUGGACCCCCGCCUUCCGCCUCCAGCUGUCCGGAGGACCCCGGCGGCCCCCCGUCCCCUACCGCCGGCUGUCCCGAGGACCCCGGCGGACCCACGCCUUCCGCUUCCGGCUGUCCCGAGGACCCCGGUGGACCCCCUCCUUCCGCCUCCAGCUGUCCGGAGGACCCCGGCGGCCCCCGCCCCCCUCCUUCGGCUUUCCGGAGGACCCCAGCGGACCCCUGCCUUCCGCCUCCGGCUUUUCGGAGGACCCCGGCAGCCCCUCGCCCGCCUCCUCCGGCUGUCCCGAGGAACCCAGCAGCCCCCCGCCCCUCUCCUCCGGCUGUCUCGAGGACCCCGGCAGAACCCCGCCUUCCGCCUCUGGCUGUCCCGAGGACCCCGGUGGGCCCCGCCUUCCGCCUUCGGCUGUCCGGAGGACCUCAGCAGACCCCCUCCUCCCGCCUCUGGCUGUGCCAAGAACACUGGCGGCCUGUGGCUAA